AUGAUAAAGCUGACAAUAUUUUUAUUACUGUCCAUAUUUAGUUUCAACUUGUAUGGAUUAGAGUUAAGUGAAAAGGUUUCUAUGAAAUAUGGAUCUGAACAAGGUGUUGAAAAUGUAGAUGUGAAUACAAAGUUAUGUAGUGAUAUAUUGAAAUUCAUAUAUAUGGAUGAAUAUUUAUCUGAAGAUGAUAAAAGUUCAUUUGAAAAGAAAUGUCAUAAUGUUAUUGGAAAUAUAAGAAAUACAUUUAGUAAUAGAAAUACAAUAAAAGAAGGAAAUGAAUUUUUGAUGAGUAUAUUACAUAUGAAAUCAUUAUAUGGUAAUAAUAAUAAUAAUAAUACUGAUAGUGAAGGUGAUGUUACAUUAAAGAGUUUAUAUUUAAAUUUGAAAGGAUCUCAAAAUACAGGAAAUGAAUCUGAAGAACCUAGUGAAGAAGAAAUAAAUAAGACUAUUAUGAAUUUUGUAAAAUUUAAUAAAUAUCUUUUAGAUAAUUCUAAUGAUGUUAAAAAAGUUCAUGACUUUUUAGUUUUAACUAGCCAAUCUAAUGAAAGUUUAUUAGAUAAGAAAGAGAAAUUAUUCGAAAAUAUUGUAGAUCAAAUUAAAUAUUUUGAUGAAUAUUUUUUUGCAUCAGGUGGUAAAAUCAAAGUAAAAAAAGGUCAUUUAAAAUAUAAUUUCCUUGAUAUUUAUAAACAACCAAUUUGUUCCUCAUAUCUUCAUCUUUGUGAUAAAUACUAUGAAUCAGUUUCUAUAUAUAUAAGAUUGAAAAAUAUUUUUAAUGGUAUCCCAGCUUUCUUAGAUAAAAAUUGUAGAAAAGUUAAAGGAGAAGAAUUCAAAAAUCUUAUGGAUAUGGAAUUAAAACAUGGUCAUAUUGUAGAAAGAUUUGACAAAUAUAUCAUCUCUGAUGAUUUAUAUAUUGUUGAUAUGAAAGUUUUUGAUUUAAAAAAUGUAGAUAAAAUUUUGGUAUCCAAAAUUGAUGAUAUCAAUAAUCUAAAUAUAUAUGAACAUAGAGAAUCUAUGAAUCUUUCAGCUAAAAAUUUAUCAAGAUAUAUAGAUAUAAAAAGAGAAUUAAAUGAUGAUAGGGCAUAUAAACAAUUAAUGUCAGCUAUCAGAAAAUAUGUAACAACACUUACUAAAGCAGAUUCAGAUAUUACAUACUUUGUUCAACAAUUGGAUGACGAAGAAAUAGAAAGAUUUCUUGUCGACUUAAAUUUCUUCUUAUAUAAUGGUUUCUUGAGAAUUACCGAAGACAAACACCUAAUCAACGCAGACGAUGUAUCACCAAGUUACAUUAAUUUAUAUAGAUCUAAUAAUAUUGUAGCAUUGUAUAUAUUAAAAACACAAUUUGAAGAAAAUAAAUUAUCAGAAUACAGAGCACAUAAAUUUUAUAGAAGAAAAAGAGUUUCUAAUAUGACCAACGAUAUGAUUAAAAAACAUUUUACUCAAACAAAUGCACUUACUAAUUUACCAACCUUAGAUAAUACUAAAUCCGCUGAACAUUUCUUAAAAGUAUAUGAAAAAUUUGUAGAAAAUUUCCAACCAGAUCUUCAUGAUAUCAUGAAAAUACAACUCUUUUUUACUAUGGCCUUUAAAGACUGCAACGUUAACCAGAAUUUCACCGAGAAUUCCAAAAAAUUGUGGUUCGAUCUUUUAUAUGCCUACGACAAUUUUGGAUGGUUUUAUAUCCACCCCAAUGAAGUAAUUAACAGUAUCAACAAAACUGAUUUUGUUAGACACGUUUUAGUGAGCAGAAAUUUCAUUUUAAAACACAAUGAUCAACUUACCUUUUUGGAGACACAAGUUGCCAAGAUAGUUGAAAUAAUAAAUUUAUCAUUAGAAGUUGACAAAUCACCAGAUUCUUUAGAUUUUUCUAUCCCUAUGAAUUUCUUUAAUCAUAAAAAUGGUUAUCACGUGAUGAAUGACGAUAAAUUAAAAUUAUUAACAAGUUAUGAAUAUAUUGAUUCUAUUGCAAAUAAUUACUUUUUCCUCAGUGAAUAUAAAAAUGAUGUUUUCAGAACAGGAAAUAACUUUAAAUUAUAUUUCAACUUACCAAAUAUUUACAGUUUAGCUUAUCAAUUAUUUAAUGAAUUAGCUAUUAACAUUAAUGUUAUUACUAAUGUACCUUUAAAAAAAUAUUUAAAAUAUAAUGCAAGUUAUGCUUAUUUCACUUUAAUGAAUAUGAUUGGAAAAAAUCAUGAUAUCUAUUCAAAGGGUUCUCGUUUUGUUUAUGCCUCAUAUAUUUUAGGAUUAGUUUUCUUCAUUGAAUCCCACAUCGAUAUUGCUCGUCUGAAACCAAAAGAUUUCUUUUUCAUGAAACAAUCCUUACCAAUUAUUGAUCACGUUUAUCACAAGGAUCUUAAAACAUUGAAAAAGAAUUGUGCUUUAUUAACUGACUUUAUGAAAAUUAACAAGAACUCACAAAAUUAUGAAUUAACACACACUGAAGAAAUGAUUAAAAUAUUAGGUUUAUUGACUGUUGUGUUAUGGGCAAAAGAAGGAAAGAAAUCAGUAUAUUAUGAUGAUGAUGUUAGUUUAUAUAGAAAAUUAAUGGUCAGCUGUGUUUUCAACGGAGGAGAAACCCUUCAAGAAAAAUUGGCUAACAACAUUGAGAAGUCAUGUGAUAUUUCUCAAUAUGGCUUAAAAUCUAAACAUUUAAAAGACAUUAUUGAUAUAAACUUAAGUAUACAUAAAUGGAAUCCAGCUGAAAUUGAGAAAUUAGCCUAUUCCUUUGUCUUAUCUUGCAAGAUGCAAAAAUUAAUGUAUAAACCAAUGAACGUUGAGAAAUUACCUUUAGAAGAUUAUUACAAAUUACCCUUAGCCCCAGAUAUGGUAAAGACAUAUCACUGUUAUAAAUUAGGAAAACAAGCAGCUAAAUUAUUAGAAUCUAUCAUUUUAAAGAAAAAAUUCGUCAGAUUUAGAGUUACUGAUGCUAUUGAUGUAUAUGAUUUCUUUUAUAUAAAGAAAGUUGUAUCUAGUCGUAUUAAGAAAGAAUAUAACGAAUUUUUACAAGAUAAAAGAGCAUUUGAAAAGAAAGAAAUUCAAACAAUUCUAAACAACAGUCCAUUCUCAGAAGAACAAACAAUGAAAUUAAUAAAUAGUUAUGAAUGUCACUGGUUUACUAGUUAUGAAAACUUCAGAAUCUUAUGGAUGCACGCAUCAAGUAAUUUGGGUACUGGUACUUACUUAAAGAAUUUCUUCUCCGAAUUGUGGCAAAAUAUUCGUUUCUUAUUUAAGAGCAAACUUAAGAUCCGUGAUAUGGAAUAUUUUUCAGGUGAUAUAUCACAAAUGAACUUGUUAGAUUAUUACUCUCCUAUGGUCCAUUCCGAAUCUCACUGUCAAGAAAAGAUGCAAGUUUUAUUUAUAUCCUUAAGAGAUAGUAAAGAAGAAAAUCGUAGUGAAAUAGCUCAAAAAGUUAAGAGUGCCUAUUACCAAUGUAAAUUAGAUUACUAUAAGAAUCAUCAUAGUGACUUUAUCCACAGAAUACAUCCAAAUGAUUUCUUAAAUAGAAAAGUAUAUGUCUUAAAACAACCCUAUUAUCUCAUGAGUAAUAUUCCUUUAAAUAACCCAAAGAAAAUGUCACGUUUAUUUGUAACUGAAGGUACCUUAGAAUAUUUAUUAUUAGAUAAGAUUCAUAUUCCAGAAUGUUUCGGACCAUGUACUAAAUUACACUUUAACAGAGUAGUUAUUAAAGAAUCAAAACCAAGAAUAUAUGAUAUGACCAUAAACAAUUCUUUAGUACCAGAAAUACAACCAUAUAACAGAAGAAAAUAUAUGACUGUCUAUAUACAUGAAGCAUAUGUUAAGAAUAUUGUUUCAGAUGCAUUAAGUGGUGAACAAAUAAAAAGACAUGAUAUCCAAAAAGGUAAUGUCAAAAUAUGUAUGGGAAAAAGUACAUACCUUACAGACCCUAUCUUAACUGAAGAACAUUUCAAUUUAACUCAUAAACCAGUAUAUGAUUUCUCUAGUGUUAAACACAACUUGAAAGUUUUCCAUAUGAAAAAUGAACAUUUAGUAUCUGAGGAUCCAAGUGAUGACUGUUUCAUCAACUAUCCAUUGGCAACUACCAAUAUAGAUAUAUCUGAUCCAUACAAAGAAAUCAGUGAAGACUUAAUCAAAAACUUGUAUAUCUUAAAAAGUAGUUAA